AUGCUGUUCAGCCAAUGGGAUCGCUCCCUGCAGGGCCCGUCCCAUCGGCGGCUGCCGGCACUGAGCGGAGCCGAACGCAAUCGUAAGGAAGAGAGCCGCAACCGGAGGAGCCACUGCGCAUGCGUCGUGUACAUCAUGGCGGCACCCGGGAAAGUCACUGCGCAUGCGUUUCCAUGGCGGCACCCAGGAAAGGCACUGCGCAUGCGCUCCGUACAGCAUGGCGGCUCCAAGGAAAGGCACUGCGCAUGCGCUCCGUACAGCAUGGUGGCGCCCGGGAAAGCCACUGCGCAUGCGUUCCGUACAGCAUGGCGGCGCCUGAUUUUUGACCGCAGCGCGGCUCAGCCAAUGGGAGCGCUCUCUGCAGGGCCCGUCGCAUUGGACAUGGUGCAAGCCCUGGACAAUGAAGACCUGAAAACCUUUGCCAGGAUCAUGAGCUACCUCAGAAAUAUGAGCUCUUCUCUAGAAGAUGCUUUUUUCAGCUUCCCUGGACAUGAAGAACAGGGUGAAACUGAGUUGGCGGAUGGGAAUGACCAGGUGAAGAAUUUGCUCCCAAACCAGGACCACUAUGCAUCACAGCUCCUGGCUCAGUUUGGGAAGUGGGAAGAUUCAAAAGUGUCACCUACUGGAGUGAAAUCCAGAAAAUAUGGCAAACAAGCAGGCUUGCUUUUGGAAGUUCCAUCCACAGAAGUGUUGUUGAUAUGAGCCACUGCUGUAUUCAGAUUGAACAGGGAUUGAAAACGGAAAUGAUACCCAUAAUAACAGCCUUCUGGAAGCAUUAUGCUAGUG